AUGGUAGUUCAAUUAACACUUGUAGGAGUUGCUGCUGCAGUAGGUAUUGCUGCUGGUGUAGUUACUAUUGGAACAACAUUAGUAGACAAGAUCAAAGGUUUCCUUCCAAAUAAUGAGGCUGAUAGGAAAGAGGUUAAAUACUUAUCAUUCAAAGAUGAUCAACCAACAAAUGGUUUUAGAUUGAUUCUUGUAAAUGAAAGUACUGGAUGGAAUAAAGCUGUUCGUAUCUACACAAAUCCAGGUGGUUCUGAUUACCAAGAGGUAAAAGCUGGUGAUUCAACUGGUACAGUUUGUAAAGGUAAUAUGCAUCUUAAGUAUGAUACUAAAAGAGUUAAUUUCCCAACAGAUAAAGAUUACAUUACUUUGAAUCUUAUGAAACCAGGAGCAUUUGGUAUUUAUUCAACAGUAGACGAAAUUAGAAUUUACAAAGACAAGUUUGCUGAUUAUGAUGGUACUACCUUUGUUGUAUAUUGGCAAAAUGAUACAUCUGGAUAUUUCAAUAAUAUAAACAAUUGGGUGAGUCCAGCUGAUAUGUAA